AUGAUUUUAUUAUUAUUAAUUUUUUAAGUUAAAUCGGAAGUAGAACAAUAAGGAAAUACUGUUUUAUUUAAAAAAGAUGCUUAAUUCGCAUACAUCAAUUUUGAUAGUUGUCCAAUCCUACUUUAUUAAGAUCCAGUCUAUGAUAAUGAAAAAAAGGAAAUCUAAUGGAAAUAAUUCUGUUAAUCAUUGUAAGAAGGUAUAGCUACCGAACCAACAACUUUGGAUGUAAUUUAAAAAGGUUCCGAGGCUAUAAAACUAUCUAAUGAUGUCAGGUAUAAGAAUUAUUUUUGCACUUAAAAUUAUCUAUUGACAAAUGAAGGUGCAAAUGCUUGUUGUUGUAAACCUGAAAAAAUAGAUACAGAACUUUCAACUUAGGGAUUAACAGCUGUUAUUGUUGUUCCAAUAGUAUUUUUUAUAGGAGGAUUGAUAAUGGCUAAAUUGAAUUCUCAUAAUAGUCGUUCUGCUUGGAUGCAUGAAUUUGAGUAAGCCUUAUCUAAAGCUUGAGAUAAAU